GGAAAACCCUCAGAAAAUGGACCCCUCCACGUUCUCCUUUCAAUCUGGUCCAAGAAACACUCUUCCAUGAUCCAUGGAAGCUUCUCAUUGCCACCAUAUUUCUCAAUAAAACUUCAGGCUUCUUUCACCAGGGAAAAUGGCAAUUCCAGUGCUCUGGGAGUUCCUGAAGAAGUACCCUUCUCCUGAGGUAGCCAGGGCUGCAGACUGGAAAGAGAUGUCAGAGCUGCUCAGACCUCUUGGCCUCUACGAACUCAGAGCCAAAACCAUCAUCAGGUUCUCAGGGGAGUACCUGAGCAAGCGGUGGCGGUACCCGAUCGAGCUGCACGGCAUCGGCAAGUACGGCAACGACUCCUACAGGAUCUUCUGCGUCAACGAGUGGAAGGAGGUGCAGCCACAGGACCACAAGUUGAACGUGUACCACGCGUGGCUGUGGGAGAACCGGGAGAAGCUGAGCCUUGACUGAGCCCAGGCAAGCUGGGGGUGUCCCAGCCCCUCUGCCUGCCCUCGGGUGACUUCACAGUUCUUGGUGUAGAUAUUUGUGUGAUAUCUUGGCUCGGGUCAUCGCAGUAAUGACAAGUGUCUGAUCUCUAUUUUUUUAAUAAAGGUGUCCGUGGUUGUAGUGCC